AACUGUACAGUGAGAUGUUGAGUGUGUGUCUCUGCUGAUCUGAGCUCUGCAGUGCGGCAGGAUCCUGCGUCUUCCCUGAAGCAUCUCCAGGGCCUGGAUGACCACUGUCCAUGGGCUGAGUGUGGGCUCCAGGACCCCAAUGCAGGCAGGGACAAUCCCCAAACCCAUCAUCUGGGCUGAGCCAGGCUCUGUGAUCACCCAGGGGAAGCCCUUGACCAUCUGGUGUCAGGGGACCCUAGAGGCCCUGGAUUAUUAUCUGGAUAAAGAGGGAAGAGCAUUGCCCUGGGACAGACUGCCCCCACUGGAGUCCAGGGACAAGGCCAAGUUCUCCAUUCAAGAAGUGACACGACAGUAUGCAGGGAGAUAGCACUGUUACUAUUACAGCCCCACUGGCUGGUCAGAGCACAGUGAUGCCCUGGAGCUGGUGGUGACAGGAGUCUACAGCAAACCCUCCCUCUCAGCCCUGCCGAGCCCUGUGGUGACCUCAGGAAGGAGUGUGACCCUCCAGUGUGGAUCACGGCUGAGAUUUGACAGGUUCAUUCUGACUAAGGAAGGAGAACACAAGCCUUCCUGGACACUGGACUCACAGCCACACCCAAAUGGGCAUUUCCAGACCCUGUUCUCUGUGGGCCCACUGACUUCCAGCCACAGGUGGAUCUUCAGAUGCUAUGGCUAUUACAGAAACUAGCCCCAGGAGUGGUCACUCACCAGAGACCCCCUGGACAUUCUGGUCUCAGGAUUCUAUGGCAAACCUACCCUCUCAGCCCUGUUGAGCCCUAUGGUGACCUCAGCAGGGAAUGUGACCCUCCAGUGUGGCUCAUGGGAAGGAUUUGGCACGUUUAUUCUGACUAAGGAAGGAGAACACAAGCCCUCCUGGACCCUGGACUCACAGCGACUCCCCAGUGGCCAUUUCCAGGCUCUGUUCCCUGUGGGCCCCAUGACCACCAGCCACACAUGGACGUUCAGAUGCUAUGGUUGUUACAGGAACAAACCCCAGAUGUGGUCACACGCCAGUGACCCACUGGAGAUUCUGGUCUCAGGAGCCUGCGAUGAAGUCAGCCCACCGCCCACAGAAGCGGGUUCCCAGACAGACACUGUGUUCUCCUACAUCUGCACGGCCUGGCCAGAGGGAGGAGACUCCAUGACCCCAAACCUCAUGGUCCUGCUCUACCUUGGGCUGAGUGUGAGCCCAAGGACCGCAGUGCAGGCAGAGACCCUCACCAAACCCACCAUCUGGGCCGAGCCAGGCUCUGUGAUACCCCAGGGGAUGCCUGUGACCAUCUGGUGUCAGGGGACACCAGGGGCCCAGGAGUACCGUCUGCAUAAGAGGGGAAACCGAGAGCUCUGGGACAAAGAGAAUCCACUGGAUCCCACGGACAAGGCCAAGUUCUCCAUCUCACACAUGGCAGAGCAAUAUGCCGGGCAAUUUUUCUGUAACUAUCUCAGCCCCACUGGCUGGUCAGAUCACAGUGACCCCCUGGAGCUGGUGGUGACAGGAUUCUAUGGCAAACCCACCCUCUCAGCCCUGCCAAGCCCUAUGGUGACCUCAGGAGGGAAUGUGACCCUCCAGUGUUGCUCAUGGGAAGGAUAUGGCAUGUUUAUUCUGACUAAGGAAGGAGAACACAAGCCCUCUUGGACCCUGGACUCACAGCGACUCCCCAGUGGGCAUUUCUGGGCUCUGUUCCCUGUGGGCCCCAUGACCACCAGCCAUAGAUGGACGUUCAGAUGCUAUGGCUGUUACAGGAACAAACCCCAGGUGUGGUCACACGCCAGUGACUCACUGGAGAUUCUGGUCUCAGGACCCACCGUUGACCCCAGUCCCUCACCCACUAGACCACAGCUGACAGUUGGUCUUGAAAAGUACCAGAAAGUUCUGGUCGGGGUCUCAGUCGCCUUCGUCUUGCUGCUCUCCCUCCUCCUGUUCUUCCUCCUCCGACACCUGCACCAGAAAAAAUGCAGCAAAUCAGGUACUUUAGAUCCUGAAGCUAAGACCAGAGCCUCACAGAAAAGCUCCAGCUCCAUGGCUCAAGUCCAGGAGGAGAACCAGUAUGCUGCCGUGAGAGAUUACCAGCCUGAUGAGGACAAAGACUUGGACGGUCAGACCGCUGGCAAGGAAGACCCUCAGGGAGUGAUGUACGCCCAGGUGAACCGUGCAAGUCACAGACGGGGGGUGGACACCCUGCCUUCCCCCCUGUCAGAGAGAUUUCUGGAGACAGAGGACAGACAAGAGGGAGAAGACAGUCAGGCUACUGCAUCUGAAGACCCCCAGGAUGUGACCUACGCCCAGCUGCACAGUUUGAAUCUUGGACAGGAGACAACCACAGCCCCUUCCUCCCAGGCAGGGGGCCCCCCAGCUGAACCCAGUGUGUAUGCAGCUCUGGCCAUCCUCUAGCCCAAGAAGGAUCCAGACCUCACCUUCCAGGGGGUGGGGGGGAGACUGCAGGGGCCCCAGAAGGCAGUAGGGCUGCCCCCAGUGGACACUCAUCUGAUGAACUGGAGCCUGGGGGCCUUUUGUAAGCAAGCAGGACAUCCCAGGACUUUAGAAGUCACCUAACUCUGCAGACGAAUAUAAAUAUUAGCCUUAUAUUAUUAGAAAUAAAGCAAUACACUUGUACAUAACCAAUGACUGAGAGUAGACAACCAAAAUGAAGAUAGAACUUUUUUUUACUUAAAUGAUAAUGCCAAAUCUUAUACAUCAACACAUAGUUUUACUUAAAUGGUAAUGCAAAUGUUAUAUAUCAAGAUCAAGUGAGACAAUUAAGUGCCUCAAUGAGAUUAUUAGAUAGGGAAGAAAGCCUGAACAUCAACAACCUAGGUGAACAUCUAAAGAAGUUAGAAAAAGAGUGGCAAACUCAUACCAUGACAGUGGAUGAAGGAAUAUAAUAAUAAUAAGAAUAUAUAUUUAUAUGGAAUGAAUAAAAAAAGAGAAAAAUCA